AUGACAACGGCAUAUCAUCCGCAGGCGGACGGCUUGGCCGAGCGGCGCAAUCAAACAGUGGAAACAGCGUUGCGACUGGCCUAUAUUGAGGACCCCAACCUUGACUGGAAGACCCUUAUUCCUUCGCUGCAGUGGCAUCUAAACACAGCCUACAACACCAGCACGAAGACCUCAGCCCAUGAACUAAUGUACGGAUUCCCCCUGAAAGGGCCCCUGGAGGCUGUUGAUCGCACAGCCAGCGCAGAGGCAGACGAAUUGCCCUACAUCAAGGAAGCCUUGCGUAAGCAGGCCAGCCUAGCUAUGGACCUUGCAGCGAUGAAGGCCAAGCGUUGGUACGAUGCCAAACACCGACCUAUCCAUCUCAAGGCUGGAGACAAGGUAUAUCUCAAGCUUCAUCAGGGAUAUCACCAGCCAGGCAGGCCGCCCAAGAAGUGGUCACAACAGCGGGAAGGCCCCUUUGUGAUCAGAAGGAUGGUUGGAGACCUGGCCUGUGAAUUGGACCUUCCAGAGCAAAUUAAGGUCCACCCAGUGAUCUCAAUACACCACCUCAAGCCAGCUCACGAAGGCUGCUUUGAAGAAGCUCACCCCGGACCAGUAGAAGUCACAAAGGACUUUACGGACCAGGAAGGCGAAUUCUACGAAGUUGACAAGCUUCUGGACGUACGGGUCAGGAAGAUUGGAAGAAACAGGAAGCCCGUCACGGAGUACUUGGUCCACUGGAAAGGAUGGGGCAGCAUGCAUGAUCAGUGGGUCAGGAAGGAAGAGAUAUCGUCAAAGGCCCUGGAUGAGUUCCACGGGCAGACGACGGGACCGCGAGUGCUUAGUUGGAGAGACAUCGAUCCCACUUCAUCUCAUCCAUAUGCAAAAUGCAUCAACACCGCUGCCUUCUCCGUUCUUGCCCUGGCCGCCACUGCCAUCGCCGUCCCCACCGAGCUCGAGGCUCGCGGUGGCCCCGGCAACGGCGGCGGCAGCGGCGGCGGCGGCACCACCUGCUCCGCCAGCGGCCAGAAGCAAGUCUGCUGCACCGGACUUCUCAACUGCCUCGUUGCAGUUGUCGGAGAAAACUGCAACAACAGCGCCUACUGCUGCACGACAGAUGCCCCUGCUGGCACUCUUAUCAAUGUCGUUGCGCUGAACUGCCUCAAACUUCUUUAA